GAAGACUGCCUCCGAGAAUAUCUCUCCAAUGGCAAUAUCUCGGAUCCGAAGGGAUCAAUAACUGUUUGAAAGAAACUUAAUCUCAUUUGUUGGCACGGACCGGCGAGCUGUGGCAGCUUCAACCCGCCACUUGGGGGCCAUAAACGUGGCAACGGAACAUCCUGUACUGCGUAUUACCGUAUCGACAGCCUCUCAGAUCCUCCACUGUCCACACAUCCCACACACACUCCCGUCGACAGUACGGGGCCAUGGUAGUGAGAUACCAAUCGGAUCCUCCGUUGUGAAGAGGGAGGAGAGACGACGGAAAGGAGAGAUGAAAAGAACAUGCAAGUUCGGAUGAAAAUGAAAAGGAACGAGAGAUCUGGAUCACAUGAUGUCGUGCGAAACAACGCUAAGCCCUAUGAGUUCGCGUUCCUGACUUCAGUUCUUUCCCCAACGUCCCUCGCAACUUCCAUUUCACAACACCAUGGACAGAAUAAUUGACAAGCGCUUCGAGCGCGUAGAAAAGGCACUGGCAACUCUGAUUACCUCCAUCUCAACCUAUAAUCCAGCACCCGCUCUUGCCAACGACCUCGUUUCAGCCGACACAGAGCUCAGCCAGGGCCUUGAACAAUUAUCAACACAUCAAUCCAACUAUUCCAAGAUCAUGGCCCUGCGCGCUACAUCCAGCGAACUCGACACCCAGAUUCGCGAAACCCUCAGCCUCUUAACAAAAACCCGGAGUGAGCUCCUAGCAACGCCAUCAACUAACUACCCAUCGAGCACAAACCCAGUUUCCUACUCCGAGCUACUCUCCUACGCCCGCCGAAUCAGCAAAUUUACCCUGCCGCCCAACUACCGAGAGCCAGAGGCGCAAACAGAACAAGCGGAAGCCGGGAUAAAUACCCCAAAGGAAAGCAAGUCCGAAACACAAACGAACGGUACUACGACUCCGGUCGCUGCGACAAACGGAGUUGAUAGCCAAACCCACCUAGCAACAGCGAUGGAGAUCGAUGGUGCAACACCAGCAGCUACGCAAUCGCAAACGCAAACAUCGCAAGCGACUUCAACCGCGAAAACGAACACCGCAAUGUGGAGCCAAUACCUGAAUCCCGCGGACGCGCAAUUUGUCCCCUGGCCAUCAGAAGAGACGAUUAGGAGGGGUGCGUUGGCUAGUAUCCAGAUUCUGGUGGAUCAGGGGGUUGAUCUGAGUACGUUUGAUCCUGAGAAGAGUGCCGAGCUGGAGGCGGAGAGGAAGAGGGUUGAGGAGGAGCAGGAGCGGCUGAGGGAACAGGAACGUGCGAGGUUGGAAGAGGAGAGGAGGAGGGAGAUGGAGAGACGCAUGAGUGUCAGUGGGGCUGUGCCUGAGAGGAGGGAGGAGCAGCCGAAGGUAUUUCAGUUGGAGACUUUUGAUGAUGAGGAGGAUGAUUAUUGAGGGCGUCAUCUUCGAUGGAUGUUGGGUUAAUAUCUUGGCAUAUUGGUCCUGCUUGGCGGCUGAACGAGAAGAUUCAUGAAUCACUUGGUCGUGACAAUGAACCUGAAUCUCUUCUGACAUUGGAAACGAAAUGUACCUAACAUUUCCGAAUAUGCAACAACUCCAUAUUGUUCUCACUCCCUAUCAAAUUUUGACUUUUACUUUGC